AUGUCAGUCAGUGGCACACAGUACGUCUGGUACGGUUCAUAUGGUUCUAAUCUAUGCGCUGAACGGUUUCGAUGCUACCUCGCAGGUGGCCGACCUCCCGGAGCCAGUGUGGAGCAGCCUGGAGCUCGAGACUCCACGGUCCCUUUUGCCGUGCCGCCGACUCGUCAAUGUCCUACUUCCUCGAUCGUCGUCCCACAUCGCAUGUUCUUUGCAAAGGCAAGCCCUUGGUGGUCCAACGGGGGUGUUGCUUUCCUGGACGUCACGAGAGAGGAAGAAGAUGCGAGCUUACACAGCGUUCUGCGACUGUACCGAAUCACUCUUGACCAGUGGAACGACGUUUUAGCGCAGGAAUCGGGUUUAAACCCGAACGAAGAGGCCGCGGUCGAGGCAAGAUUGACCGUCGAAGAGGUUCUCGACAUGGCGAGGACGAAGUCGGGUCAUCACCGCAUUCCGAAGAGCUGGUAUGGCUACGUUCAGUGUCUCGGCUACUACAAGCCAGCUGAACCAGUUCUCACGUUUACUCUCCCUCCCUCAGACUUACUCGAUAUACGGACGGGAAUCAUAGACGAGGUGAACCCACCUUCACCCGCGUAUCACGAUAUCAUCGCGCGAGGUUUGGUUGAGAUCGGUGGCCACAGCCGCGAUGAGGCAGAUGCGUACUUACGCUCGCGUUACGCGCUGGCUUGA